GCUCCUAUUACCCUACACACACACACUCACUGUCCCGAUUUUUCACACUUGCUGUCUGGUCAACCUCCUCCUCCCCCUGCUGUCUAGAGCCCCCACCCAGUUGCUGCAGUAUUGGGGCCCAGACACCCCCCUUCGAUACUGAACGUGCAUGGGGGCACCAAACACACAGCUCCACUGGGUUGUCAGACCACAGCCGUGACAGUGGGGAUCCCCCCACACCCUUUGUUGGGUGAUAGACCCCCCCUCCUGCCACCUACUCUUCCACGGAGAAAAGCCCAAUACCCCAGUUUGCGUCUGGUGGUGCCUUUGGCAAGGUAAGAACACACCCUUUUCCCCAGUGAAGACAAGACCUGGCAGUAGUAAAAGACCCUGAAGUGUUCACUUCCAUCUUGGAAUCUCUAACUGGUGUGUAUAUAAGCCUAAAUUGCACAAUAUGGCCGACAAGUUAACAAGAAUUGCUAUUGUCAACCAUGACAAAUGUAAGCCAAAGAAAUGCCGUCAGGAGUGCAAAAAGAGCUGUCCGGUGGUUCGAAUGGGAAAACUAUGCAUAGAAGUCACACCACAGAGCAAAAUAGCAUGGAUUUCUGAAACACUCUGUAUUGGUUGCGGUAUUUGCAUUAAGAAAUGUCCUUUUGGAGCCUUGUCAAUUGUUAACUUACCUAGCAACCUGGAGAAAGAAACAACACACAGAUAUUGUGCCAAUGCCUUCAAACUUCACAGGUUGCCUAUUCCUCGUCCAGGUGAAGUACUGGGAUUGGUUGGAACCAACGGUAUUGGAAAAUCAACUGCCUUGAAAAUUCUAGCCGGAAAGCAGAAACCAAACCUUGGAAAAUAUGAUGAUCCACCUGAUUGGCAAGAAAUCUUGACUUACUUUCGAGGAUCUGAGUUGCAAAACUACUUCACCAAGAUUCUGGAAGAUGACCUCAAGGCUAUCAUCAAACCUCAGUAUGUGGACCAGAUCCCUAAAGCUGCAAAGGGGACAGUGGGAUCUAUUUUGGACAGAAAGGAUGAAACUGACACACAGACUAUUGUAUGUAAGCAACUUGAUUUAACUCAUCUGAAAGAACGAAACAUUGAAGACCUUUCAGGAGGAGAACUUCAGAGAUUUGCUUGUGCUGUCGUUUGCAUUCAGAGGGCUGAUAUCUUCAUGUUUGAUGAACCUUCUAGCUACCUAGAUGUUAAGCAGCGUCUGAAGGCUGCCAUUACUAUUCGAUCUUUAAUAAACCCAGACAGAUACAUCAUUGUUGUAGAGCAUGAUCUGAGUGUGUUAGAUUAUCUCUCUGACUUUAUCUGCUGCCUGUAUGGUGUGCCAAGUGCUUAUGGUGUCGUCACUAUGCCUUUCAGUGUAAGAGAAGGCAUAAACAUUUUUUUGGAUGGUUACGUUCCAACAGAAAAUUUAAGAUUUCGAGAUGCAUCUCUGGUUUUUAAAGUGGCUGAGACAGCUAAUGAAGAAGAAGUUAAGAAGAUGUGUAUGUAUAAAUAUCCGGGAAUGAAAAAAAAGAUGGGAGAAUUCGAACUGGCAAUAGUAGCUGGAGAAUUUACUGACUCUGAAAUCAUGGUGAUGCUAGGGGAAAAUGGAACUGGCAAAACAACAUUUAUCAGAAUGCUCGCAGGAAGACUUGCACCUGAUGAAGGAGGUGAGGUUCCAGUUCUAAAUGUCAGUUACAAGCCACAGAAAAUCAGUCCUAAGUCCACGGGAAGUGUCCGUCAGCUGCUCCAUGAGAAGAUCCGAGAUGCCUAUACACAUCCACAGUUUGUGACUGAUGUAAUGAAGCCUCUUCAGAUAGAAAACAUCAUUGAUCAAGAGGUGCAGACAUUGUCUGGUGGUGAGUUGCAGCGUGUUGCGCUAGCUCUCUGUCUUGGUAAGCCUGCUGAUGUCUACCUAAUAGAUGAACCUUCAGCGUAUUUGGACUCUGAACAGCGUCUAAUGGCUGCUAGAGUUGUCAAACGUUUCAUUCUCCAUGCUAAAAAAACAGCCUUUGUGGUAGAGCAUGACUUUAUCAUGGCAACCUAUCUAGCAGAUCGUGUCAUUGUCUUCGAUGGUAUUCCAUCCAAGAACACACUUGCAAACAGUCCUCAGACUCUUUUGGCUGGUAUGAAUAAAUUUUUGUCUCAGCUUGAAAUUACUUUCAGAAGAGACCCUAACAAUUUCAGACCAAGAAUAAACAAACUCAAUUCAAUCAAGGAUGUGGAACAAAAGAAGAGUGGAAACUACUUUUUCUUGGAUGACUAGCAGGAAUCUGAGAAUCUCCAUAAUCAGUUUAUAAAAAUGGAAAUGGAAAUCUGAACACUUUGUUAUAUAAAAACGCUUAAUCAGGUUUUAGAACACCUCUCAUUCUGGAACUUAAAAUGUUAUUGCUAUGUGUAACAUCAGAAGCCAGUAGAAGUGUACAUUUUAGUCUGAGCAACAGAAACUGCCACUCUCUGUAUUUUGGUGAUAUGAUCAUAUUUUCCAUGUAACUUUCCAAAACGGAUAUCUCUGUUAUAUGAAUAAACCUCCAGCUGUUUCAAAAUUUAGGGUAGGUUUUCAGUCUAAAUGUAACUUAUUCACAUACCAAAUGCUGACCAGUGUUUUUCAAUUUAAAAAAUCUGAAAGCUGUUUUCUGUACAAGAUGAAGGUUUCAAAGAAUGUCAAGAUAUAGAAAUUGCUCUGAUUUUAAAAGCAGGUUUGACACACACUCUGGCUGAGGGGUUCAUAAAUAAAUAUCCAUCUAAAAAUA